AUGGAAGGAGAGAAAGAAGCCAAAGCAAUAAUGGAAAAGUUGUGUAUCACUGAAGACGAUUUGCUAGAAGGCGCCUACAUGGAUAUGUUGAAAGAAAAUUCAUAA